UCGAUGCGCCGGGCUGGUCAGAGCAAGCGUGGACGUUUACCGCGUCGGAUCCUUUCGAUUUUUCGCUCGAUUCUUUGCUCGUUUUUUCACUUACGACCGCGUUGCGAGUCACACGGCUGCCAGACUCGGACCGAUAGCUUCCUAGUUACGCGAGUGCUUCGAACCCGAUCGGUUCUUCUUGCCGUUCUCGAAUCUUAAUCGCGGAAAUAUGUACGUACUACGGGGAAUCGAGAAAACUUCCGGGAUUGGAAGGUGAAUCGAGCCGGAGUAUCGAUGAUCGACACAGUGCGGACGAAUCACACGUGCAGUGACAUCGGUAUCGAAUUUUGAGCGAUCAAUCGAGAUUUCUCUGUCCAUUCGAUUGGACGUAAGACGUACCGCGUGUCAAGUUGGUAGGAUUCUAAGUUUCGCUAACGAAACAUCUGCGAUGAUCGUAAGAAUGAGAAUUCGAGUGACGCUAUAUAUUAGCGACACUGUCUUUCGUUCUAUACGUUUUUGGUACUCGCUUUUACUUGGACCCGAACUCAUCGCGGCUAUUUUGAACGAGUAGACCAAUAGCACCGGUAAGAAUGUAAAGAUUGGUCGGACAGAAGAACCGCGAGUGUCAGUAGUUUACAGUGUCUGGUGAAUUUGACUUUUCGAAAGGCAUCUACGCUCGCUGAAAGUCGCCAACGUCGAACCAGGAUUGGAGCAGAAAGAUCCGCAUAGCGUUCAAAGCGCAACUCGUCGCUUAACUCGACGAGCAGCACGACGGCGACGACGACGGUGACGGCGACAGCGACGACGGCGGUUGUUCUCCUCCGUUCGGCGGCGCUGUCACCUCCGAAAAUGCCACAGCUCCGCAUCGAUUGUUCCAAACUAACUCCUUCGAAACAUUAAGACGCCUACACUAGAAACAUAGCAGAAUACUCGAACAAGAUGUCAAUGACGGGAAGCUUAAUGGGUUACGAAAAUAAUAACGAGGUAAAUCAAGCAAAGUGCAAAAAGCCAUUAAAACCGCUUCCGAUAGUGUCCAGCGUAAACUCCAGCGGUAUCACAACUACCAACAAAGCGAAAAAGCCACGAAGGUCUACUAGACGAAGCUCUUGUAUACGAGGUCACGUGAAUAGUUUGUGGUCUGUCUGGUACGGCGUUUUGGCGGUCGCUUUUCAAACUUACAUCGGCUUGAGAUACGUAAAAAGGUUUACCGCAUAUUUAUCGUUACCUUGGCCGGCGGACGCUCCACCGCCGAAGGUGGAGUUAUACGCGUGUCUGGUGCUAGCCGGAACCGGGGUUGUCCUACUGCCGGUUCUGCUUGGCGCGGCCUUCCUAAAGCUAGGCAACCUGGCGAACGAUGGAGUGAAGCUCGGUCGUCAUUUGAGCGCCUGUUCACGCGACCCGCCUUCAUCCUUGCUUACCAACAAUCCUGACCACAGUUUGGCGAAUAAUUUAUGGCGACACGGAGGUCCCACGGCUGCUUUCGUACACCUUUGCACAGCCAUGUGCUUCCUGCUGCCCUCGCUGCUCAUGGAGGCUAGAUUGAUACACGCUGGAUUUCUGCCAAAAGAAACAAUAUGGCGUACGGACCUCGAUUGGCUAGUGACUCACCGGGAUCGUCUGGUUGUGUCCAGCUUCAUGAAUCCAAACGUGAAUCUCAGCAUCCUAACGGGCUUCAUAACUCCUCAGCCUUUCGUCACCUUAGCACCAGACGAAGAAUCCGAUAAUAUAGCCAACGACAUGGUCACGACGAAAUUGGAAUUGACCGACGUUAUUAAUAAAUCAGCAGCAAUGGAAUUUCGACCACGCGACAGCACGAACGAACAUCUUGGUCAGUUUCGUACACCAGCUAGUACCAAUCUACCCGUGCCCAAUGCAAGAGUUUCAAGCGUUGGCACUACUUUACCUACCAACAAGAUUACGAUGUCCAUGACGCAAAAAAUUAUUAACGACACGACGAGAACACCGUCCAUCGUCAAUGGAGCAUCGAAACUAAAUUCCACGAGAUUAACGUCCGCAGCCUCUCCGACUACAACAACAGCAACGACCAGUAGAAUUAUGGCAGAAACAACUACGGCAACGAUAACAACGACAACGACGACGACGACAACGAGAAGCGUCAAAGCGCCUGCAAGCUCAGACGAAGCGGCAGCGGUUACAGCUGCGACUACGACCGCAACCGCAGUUCCAACCGCUGCUACAGCUGUAACAACAACGUUACCGUCGACGUUAUCUUCAACGUCUAGCUCGAUGAAGUAUGGCAACACCGUUAGAAGACCUACCGCUGCGAAGUCGAUUAUUAGAAGCAAUAAUUCGAGGACUAAAUUGAAAACGAAGAAUACGGGGAAAUCAUCGACGACCGUUAAGCCCGGUAAGAGCGUUGGGAAUAUGACAGCGCAGAGUAUGUCGUUAACGAUGAAUAGUUUGGCUGAUUUGGACCACCCGGAGAAGUUGAAUCUUGAGUUUCAAGCGGCUGAAUCAUACGGACCUAUUACUCUCGAGUACUUGAAUUAUGCCAUCGCUCUUGGAGUGUAUUCUGUGAGAUAUCCAGCGGUGUUCUGGUCGUGCAAUAAACCAUUGGCCACGAUUUUUAGCUUCCAGUUGAUCGUCAAUUCCGCCCAGAGUUUAUUAGCCUAUAUUGGAAUGUCUGUACUUUACAAGGUUCAAGUGAUGGGACCCUUGAAGGUGCUACCAGUUCUUCGACAACAGUAUCGCACGAUAUCGACUACUAGCAGCAUAUCAACGAUCUUCGGCGACUCUUACUUCUUAUUAAAUCCACACGUUACUCUUGUCUUGUUUGCUCUCUCCUCCCUCCUGGUGCUCUGUUCCAGCAUGGUGAUGUAUUUCUACGCUUACGGCAGGCAAGUCGCUUUCCAUCCCCUCUGUUUUCUUUCAUUCUGCCCUAUUUCGUUCUUCAAUGGAACUGCCUUUCAUCGUACAAAAGUUUCUUUAACUCCGCGUUUCUGCACAUACAGGUUUACGGCGUUUUUGAGCCAAGAACGAGAGCGCCGAAUAAUCUUGUCAAAGGAGAAUAGAAGUGGCAAUGGUUGGAUAUAUUUCAUUCACUGCACCGCUCUGUGCGUAUUCCUGGCGAUCGCGAUCUGCAGCGCACCGUUGCUCUACGACUACAGCGUCGUAUAUCGUGGCAGUCUGGACGGUGCGAUAUUAGCUUGUGUCGUCGCUACUGUUCUGCACUUGUUCCUCUGGUUAAUCUUAUGGAUCUUUCUCACGAUAAAACAACGCUGGACAUUCAAAUUGCGAGUGACGAUCGGUCGAGCUACCGUUAGGUCAGCCAGAUCGGUGAAACUCGUGACUGACGUGGAUCUGUUGUCAGCUAGAGACGACGAGGACGGAACUAACGCGCCGUUACUGGUCGUUGGGAAUGGUAGAACUUACACGAUUGCCGACGCGUCGCCGAAGAAAGCUAUCAUGAGCGUGAUACAAAAGGCGGCUAUCGAAAGGAAAGCACGCAGUCAAGGAAACGUCGAUUCCGUAAACGGCGACUCUGCAGCCGACGACGAACAGAUUUAUUGGCUAAGACCAAAAUUACGUCCAUCGCCGACCAGAUCGCCGAACGACGGAAACGUAGCACCAACGACGGAAAAGGGCUGGCUGAAUAAGAAAUUGAAACCCAAGGUCACCUUUAACGACCUGCCUAGUACGUCAGGCUCGCGCAAUAAAGGAAAAGUCAGACGAGGCACCGGUGACGGGGGCCCUGAAGAUGAUGGAGAUUAUGCCACGUUACGAGAAUUACCGCUGAUCACGUCUCUGGACCCAGCAGAUGACUCAACGUCCGAAGAGAACAAGUGGGAAAGGUGGCUGAUAUCUCGUAGGGACGUUAUACCUAAGUUUGGCAACCUGCUCGAGUGCGUGAACGACGACCAAGUGACAUACUACGCGAGCGCAAAUCGCGAUCUACAACCUUCGGAAGGCGACCCUUCGCCCCUAUUGACUCCAGACCCUUUGCCCGAUCCCACUUCGGAACCACUUCCACUGCCACCUCCGACUCCGACUCCGACUCCAACUUGUGCACCGACUACCGAAGUUGUCACGGCGUUACUAACCACUAACACCCAGGCAAACGGUGGUCAAACGCCGCGAUGUCUGCGUCGAGGGGAUUCGGGAAUGCCGCACGAAGAAUUAACACCUCGCUCGGAUUCGUCAAAUUCUCCGCCAUUGGACGCCGUGGUGGGUGGUAGCAGCGGAGCCGGUUCGGUGACGGGUCACAGCAACGCGAGCAGCCACAGCGAAACGUCGUCGAGUGGCGUGCACAGUAACGCGAGCAACGCGAGUAACAGUAGUUGUCAAAGACGAGCAACGAGCGUGGACGACGUGAGCGGCAACUGCGAUCAACGAGACGGCGAAGAAUCGCGCGAUCAAUGGCGCAGCUGUUCCCUCCAGCGAGGGAUUCAACCUCCAUCCGCAACGGCCACCUUCUCACCGCCGAACAGUCGUCCAGGCACUAGUCAAUCCUUCUCAUCGCCGCAAUACGCGAAUCACGUGCCGCUGUUCGCGAAUAUCAACGCAAAUUCAAGCGUAAACGCGAAUCUAAACGCGAGUGCGAACACUGGAGCCAACACGAACGUUAACGUGAACGAUGUCAACGUCGUUGGACAAGGAUGUCCAGCUGUGAUUCUCGAGAAUCCGAACGAGGCGACCGUGGUGAUCCGGCGGAAACUCUCGAGGACAAAGCUGACGGAACCGCUGAAUCCCAACGAGGAACCUUUCGGUCGUUCCACGAACAUGAGGAUGACAUCGUUCACGGAGAGCAACGAUAUUCGCGUGCACGCAACGUCGGCCACUCUGCCGCAUUAUCCAACUCAGCCGGCGGUUACUUAUCCGCAUUGCUCCACCAUGCCUCUGCCACACGCCUCUCAUAGUAUGGCUGGAUCUCAUAUGGGUGGAUCUAGCGGAAGCUGCGGAUCGGUGCCGAGGCACGCUUUCGUCCCACCGCAAGUACACUCGUCGGUACCGGCCCAUACUACUCUACCGUCCCAUCACAACGGCGUCAGACUUCUUCACGGCAUCACGCCCACACCGAACAACCCUUUCGUCAAGAGGUUCCCUCCUGUGCAGCUACACACGCAACCCUGGGCAUUGCCAGGCCACCACACUUUCCCCCAAGCUUCGCAGGUUAAUGGAAAAUUGACCACUACCGCGCAGAUCAGGCAGAGCGAUCGCGACUCGGCUAAUUUCUCGAUGGCCAGCAGCGGAGACUCGGAUACGUGUUUGCCUCAUUAGACGUUGAUCGCGUCUGCUAGAUUCCAGCCUCUUCGCUCUCGUUCCGCGCCGAGCAAACCCGAUACGUUCUCACGAUGCCGUUCCCGUCGUCAUUCUCGACGAUCACGUUCCUAGAUCGCCUCGACCAAACGUUUCCCAUCCAGACAUUUGCGAGAUCUGGUUCUUAGAAAAGAAUAGUCGUUCUUCGCGAACGUACUUCGAUGGGAACCUUCUUUCAAACGUGUUUUGUUAUCGAGGUUCGCGGAGGAUUACCGUCAUGGAUUUUUACCCUAUCAUUGAUAUCAGAAGUAACGUUAUUACAUAUCAUACCAGUCGAUUACUCGCAACAUCCGACACUUACCGUUACAUUAUGUUAUUUUCGAUACAGAUGUCGUAUGUCGAGAUAAUAUUCUGCCCCGUUCUUCCAUAUCAAUUAUCUCUCCAUAUGCAUGUACCAGUAAGAAAUCAUACACUUGUAGAUACACUUUUAUGGUCUGCCCGUUUUUUCAGCCUGUACAACGACUCGUUCGAAUAUGAACGGACGACUCGCGAUACGAACAUAUCUUGCGAGCUGCUCACGAAUCAUCGCUCGUGAAUCACGAACCAAUAUAAAUCGCACGUGAGACUAUUUCGAUCGCCAGACUUGAAGUGAAAUUUUUUUACAUUUUUUAUUUUUCCAUAUAGCUUGGCGUGGUCAUACACCAGUAGUCAUUUCGUUGCUUUAUCGCAACAAAUAGCUGACAAACACACUCGUGAAAAUAAUUUACGACUGCUUAAAGUAACUUAUAUAUAUAUAUGUCGGAGAUGAAAGGACACCUUCCCUUCCCUUUGGAAUUCUUUUUAAAAUCUCCAAUACUUUAAUCUUUGUUUUUUUUUCUUUUUUAUUUAGUAAAUUAUUUACAAUCAAUUCUCUACAGAAUUUUAAGUAAAUUUUAUCUUUAUAAGUUAACCCGAUUGUAACUGUCCGAGAUUUGCGAUAGCGAGCUUGGGCUCGAGGCGACAACUAGUCGCCCAACGUAGCCGCGGUCAUGGGAUGAACGUUUUUACCUAAUAGAGGUAUAGAAUAAUUGUAUGGCUCUCCUUAAAAAGAAAUAGUUGUAGCGGCACUCGACGGUAAACAUUCCAACGGUUUCUACCCCCUGGGUCGCCACUCAGACCCUAUUCUUCGGGCAAGACGAUUAUCAGAUGUCGAUGCAUCUCCACAGUACAUGUUCGACUAGCCUGAGGACCCGCUUUAAAUCUUAGGAUUUAGCUAACUAGGGUCCUUCAAACGGACAAACAGUUUUUACCCUAACAGUCCUUAAAUGUAUCACCUACUACGGGAAGGUACGGGAAAUCUGCUUUUCUCGCGAACGACGCUUCCCGCUGGCAACUUUCUCUCAAGGGCGGCUAGCAUCCUUUUUCAACCACCACAUAGAAAUUAACUAUUAGCAGCAACGUCCAUUUCCCUCGCUUUUCCGAACGAAGGUUGUCCUCGAAGAUUCCGACCAUCUCGUGCCCCGAGACACACCCCAUCAUAGUUUUCCUCUGCAGCAUCACCGUGACGGAGAGGAACAUUCUCGUGCGAUCUCAUCGGCGAGUAAAACAACGUCCUUACGAUCAGUGGAUACUUCGCGUUUCUAGCAAAGAGUCAGAAAAGUACAUUAUGCUAUCCCGUUGACCGCGGAUUCGCUAUCGAACCCAAGACCACCGUCGUUAGUGUCAAAUCACGGCGGCUACUUGUCAAUUCGGUAAUUCACACUUGUGCUAAUCAACAUUACGAUGGCUAAUUCCAGUGAAGGUUACACGCCCCUAACUCUAAUCGUAAUGAGAGCCCGACAUAUAUAUAUAUAUAUAUAU